AAUAAACAUCUCUAUCCUAGUUGUAUUAUUAUAUUUAUUUAACAUUUAUUCUGUUGUUGUGCAAAAUAUCUAUAGUUAUAUUACAAACAAAAAUUUUGUCUGUGAUCGAGCAUAUAAUCAAAUACUCGAAUUUAAUUGUUUAAUAAUUUAUUAUAUCAUAUCACGAAGUGGAAAUUUUAGGUAAACAAAAGAGAUAUAAGUGGAGCCAAAUCUGAAGUUGAGAAUCUUUAAGCCACAAUCAUGUUAAAGCGUCAGCGUUGUGAAGAUUUCGACACAUUUGUGCCACAAACUAAAAAGCUUAUUAGUGACAAAAUUGUGGACCAACGCGAUCAAAAUAAAAUGAACAAAAUUCAUCAAAAGACCAUCAACUUAUUAUUCAAAGCAGCACGUGUACAAAAACCACUAGAACAGGCCCAAUCAGAGGCGGCCGGGGAAGUGGAAGUACCACUAUGGCAGCAGGUUAUUUUACGUGGUAAUGGCGAAAUAUCAUCAAAAAAUGUUACAGAUCUCAUAGUUGAUCUCUCUUUGGAGAGUCGCAAGUCAAAAUGCUGUCACCGUGAAGCUUACAUACGUAGUGAUUGUUGUAAUUGUUCACAAGCGCUGUGUGAAUAUUGUGGACACUCAUGUGCAGAAUGUGGUGUAUUCCUAUGCGACAGUUGCGUUUCCCUAUUUGGUUGCGGUAAUGUUGAACGGCCAAUAUGUGAAAAGUGUUCUUUAUUUCAAAAUUUAUAAUUUUCUCAUAAUUUUGUAACUACCCGCAAGCUUUAUUAUAAUUUAUAAAACUAAAGUUAAAUACUUUUCGUCUUUUUUAGUAUAAUCCAACGUGCUUUCUUUUAUUAAAAAAAAAAUUUAGUUAUAGAAAUCAAAUGUACUUUUAUAUUAUUUAUUUUGCAAGCUAAGAAAUAUCAAAUGUUUUCUGUGUAGUAACGUUGUCGCUGAAUUUUAUUAAAGAAGCACAUAAUUA